AUGGCAAUGGUUUACUCCAAGCAAAUGCUGCCUUUACUGGCUGCUUUCACCUUACUUCUCGUGUUCCCUUCCAGUUCAUCUACUACCAUAACCACAGCAAUAUCCAAAGAUGAAGUGAAAUGCGAUACUUGCACCCCCGUUGUUCUUCCACCGCCGCCCCCAGCCCCCGUCGUAAUCCCGUGUCCUCCACCACCUGCUCCGCCUUCUCCACCACCGCCAUCACCGCCACUACCGCCGCCUGCAUGCCCUACGUGUUGCACCACGUGUCAGACUCCAUCUACUUCAGAACCUACUAAUCAGCAGCCGGGAGUUAUAGGAGGCGCCGUCUAUCCACCGCCGUACUAUCAUUGGGCCGGCAGCUCCAAGCACUCGGAACUGAAGCCUUUUGUUUCCAUCGUUUUCAUAUCACUAUCAGCCACAUUCAGCUUCUUCUAA